UAGAUAAUUACAUAAUGCCAUUAAAAUCUCCAAAAGUUUUUAUUACGGGUGAUGUCAUUCAAGAAUUUAAACCCAUUGCUCACAUUGUGAACAAUGAAUUUAAAGGCGAUUUUUGUGAUAAUUGUCUCAAACCAUCAACCAAUUUGAAGAAAUGUAAGGCAUGUCUUCAAAUGAAUUAUUGCGACAAACAGUGCCAAAAGCAGGACUGGAAGUCAUACCAUAAGUAUGAGUGUGGAUACAUGUCUGACAACAACUAUGUAUUUCUUAUGUCAUUAUCGACGUCCAAACUUCUUGCUCUUCGAUUUUAUCUUCGGUACCAAAGAUGUCCUGAAUUUAGUUCACAAGUGAUUCAAUUAUAUUUCGUCAACAAUUUUCACGAAAUAUAA